GCCAACAUCCGCGUCGCUGCGGCGCACGCCCUGCCCACCUCCGUCACCGCUAUUCGCCGCCUGUCUGCUGCGCUGAUCACAGGCUGAGGCCCCGGCCGAGAGCUCCUGCGACUGUGUGAGGGGACCGGGUGGGAAAGGAGACUUGGGGGACUUGCGGCUGACGUUUCGCUUGCCGAGAGCCAGCUCCACCUCCCGAGUCCUUCCAAAAGAUAGCCUUGAUGACGCCACCUGAAUAUGUGCCAGCUCAUCUGAUGUUACAUCACCAGGUUAAGAGCUAUGGAGAUCUCCAUGAGGAUUUGGAGGAAAGUCCCAGUAGUUAUUAAAAUCCUGGACUAGAUCUAUUAGGAAAGGUAGAUGGACUAUAAGGCACUUGCUCAGCAAACGGCUCAAGAAAUUUUAGGUUACUAUCAAGAAACAUCAGGCUGGAAAGUGGUUAAAAUUUCAAAAAAAGUAACUGUUUCCAGCAAGGCUUCUAAAAAAUUUCAUGGAAAUCUAUAUCGUGUUGAAGGCAUAUUUCCAGAAUCAACAUGUAAACUAUCUGAUUUCCUCUACAAACCUGAAAAUAGAGUUACAUGGGAUAAAUCAUUGAAAGUGUACAAUAUGGUAGACAAGAUUGAUUCGGACACAUUCAUAUGUCAUACCAUCACACAAAGCUUUGCAAUGGGCUCAAUUUCCCCCCGAGACUUUAUCGACUUAGUGUACUUCAAGCGCUUCCAGGGGAAUAUGAAUGUUAUCAGUUCUAGAAGUGUGGAUUUUCCAGCAUAUCCUCCAUCUUCAAAUUAUAUCCGUGGUUAUAACCAUGCUUGUGGCUAUGUCUGUUCACCUCUGCAAGAGAACCCAGCACAUUCCAAACUAGUGAUGUUUGUCCAGACAGAUAUGAGAGGAAAAUUGUCCCCAUCAAUAACUGAAGCAACCAUGCCUUCCAAUUUAAUAAGCUUCAUCCUCAAUGCAAAAGAUGGAAUAAAGACGUACAAAGCUGCCUCAGGACAUGGACGUCAUCACGGUGGUCAUUCGUCAUUCCUAAAAAAGAAAUGAGGCCAUUUAAAACAAGGCCAUGUGAAAUCGUGUGUGGCAGUUACUGCUUCUAAGUCAAUAUGCAUAAAUACUGCUAAACUAUUCUGGGCAGUACUCUUGUACAAAUUACUGAAGGUACUUUGUGAAAAGAAGACCCCGUAGUUGUAUAAAAGAACAGCAUUAAAUGUAGUUCUUAAUCCCAUAGAUGAAUGAUGUUAAAUAACAAGUGUUCUUAAUGCACUUUUAUCUUUUGCUUUUUUCCGUGGAAAAUUGUUCUGCAGAAGAAUCAAUACGAAAGCAUGUAUGGUCAGGUCAGCAUUAAUUAAAGAUUAAAAUAUAUUUUGAA